AAAACAAAAGUGUAAACAUGACAGCUGCAGGAGUUGCUAACAAGUUUAAACUAGCUCUUAUUCAACUAGCAGUUGGCAGCAACAAGACAGAGAAUAUAAAGCGCGCGGCUCUUAAAAUAUCUGAAGCGGCUCAAAACGGGGCGCACGUCAUUUCUUUACCAGAAUGUUUCAAUAGUCCAUACGGUACGAAAUACUUUCAAGAUUACUCUGAAUCUAUUCCUGAUGGACCAAGCUCAAAACUUUUAAGUGAGACUGCUAGAGCUUGUAAAGUUUAUUUGAUUGGAGGAUCUAUUCCUGAAACCUCAGAGGGUAAACUUUACAAUACUUCAACAGUUUGGUGUCCUGAAGGGAAUUUGCUGGUUGUACACAGGAAAAUCCAUCUUUUUGAUAUAGAUGUACCGGGAAAAAUUACAUUUAAAGAAUCGGAUGCAUUGAGCCCUGGAAACACCUUCACAACCUUUGAUACUCCCUGGUGCAAGAUUGGAGUAGGUAUCUGCUACGACAUUAGGUUUGCUGAGUUAGCUCAGGUGUACCGGGAUAAAGGCUGCAAGCUUCUUGUCUACCCUGGAGCAUUUAAUAUGACAACUGGUCCUGCACACUGGGAACUUUUGGGGAGAGGCCGAGCUUUAGAUAACCAGGUUUAUGUAGCCACGCCAAGCCCAGCCCGAGAUACCUCUUCAGAAUAUAUAGCUUGGGGACACUCAUCUAUUAUCAGUCCCUGGGGUGAAGUAGUUUCUUCCACGGAUGAGAAAGAAUCGAUAGUUUACGCUGAUAUUGAUCUGGACUUCUUGGAAUCCGUCAGAGGACAAAUACCGAUUAGUAAACAGAAAAGAUCAGAUUUGUAUGAAACCCGAGAUAAACUAGAAGUACCGAGUGCAACAAGAUUAAAUACGAGAUACAAGCUCGAGUCUUCUAAGGUUGUGGACACUGUAGACCUUGAAGAUUUAGGAAAGCGAACUGUUUACUGUCGGUGUUGGCAAUCUGCAAAGUUUCCUCUGUGUGACGGAUCCCACGGAAAGUAUAACAAGGGGUGCGGAGAUAAUCUUGGACCUCUCAUUAUAAACAGACGAGAGGAGAAGUAAGAAGCAGUAACUCGAUAUUGACAUUUUAUAAAAAAUUCUUGUUUUAAACUUAAACCUUAUUCUUUACUUGUAAAUACUUUCAGAAAAA